AGCUGUUCAGGCACACAGACGUGGGCUGUACCACUCCACGGGCGGAGGGGGGGCACAGCCACAGGUAGUUCCCCUCCCCGUCGGCUCUCUUGGCCUCCGCGAGACCUUCUCGGACCAGACACUGCCCAUGCCCCGCGAAGGGGCGCAGGCGGGAGGCACCUGGGGGCGCCGCGGCGGGAGCGGGCUUGACAGGUGGCCGGAGAGUCCCGGGUUGAGUCUGCAGCUGAGGACAGCGGGAGCGUGGAAGGGGGCAGGCUGCUGCUGCUGCUGCUGCUGCUGCUGCUGCUGGGGGGACCCGGUGGCGGAGGUUCGGUCCCAUGGCUGCCCCACUCGGCAGCACUGUCCACAAUGCAGAACCUUCCUGCUCAACAAGGCCAUCUGAGCAGACUUCAGCAUGCUUCAGGCUACACAGGUCUUUCUGUCACCACACUUUUCUGCUGCUGCUUUGGCUGUGCCCUGAUCUGCCUGCUGCCAGUCAUCACUUGAAACCAUCCCUACCCCCAAUUGUGAAAGGUAGCCCUUUUCUAGUGACUUGGAAUGCACCUACAGCUCGGUGUGCAGCCUCCUAUGGUGUGCCACUCUACUUGGACUCCUACAAUAUCCUGGUGAAUUCUCAGGAAGCCUUUGUGGGUGGUAACAUCACCAUCUUCUACUAUGACCAGCUGGGCUUGUAUCCCUACUACUUGAACUCAACUGUACCACUCACUGCUGUCCACGGUGGCUGCCCUCAGAAUGCCAGCCUGACAGAACACCUGGACAAGAUGAGAGGGGACAUUGCUAUGGCCAUGCCUUCGAACUCUUUUUCAGGCCUCUCUGUGAUCGACUGGGAGAACUGGAGGCCCCUGUGGAUACGAAACUGGGACAAGAAAACUAUCUACCGAAACAUGUCUCUCCAGCUUGUAAGGCAAAGGAACCCCGGCCUGUCUGAGGAAAAAGUAGAAAUGAAGGCCAGGUGGGAAUAUGAGACAGCUGCAAGAGAUUUAAUGUCCGAGACUCUCCGGCUAGCCCGGUCUCUGCGCCCCAGUGGUUGGUGGGGUUACUACCUCUUUCCAGAGUGCUAUAACUAUCACUACUUGGACGACUUUGAGAGCUUCACUGGGCACUGCCCCCCAUUGGAACUGCAGCGUAACGAUGAGCUAAAGUGGCUCUGGGAGCAGAGCAAAGCUCUCUUCCCUUCAAUCUACAUGGAGGAAGUGCUAAGGAGUUCCAUGCAAGGGAAGAAGUUUGUGUGGGCCAAAGUGGGUGAAGCUCUGAGAGUGGCUGAGCUGCCCUCCCGCCAGCAUUCCCUCCCUGUCUUUGUAUAUGCCAGGCCAUUCUACACCUACACACUGAAGGAACUGACUCAGAUGGAUUUGGUGCACACAAUUGGGCAGGCUGCAGCCAUGGGGGCUCAUGGAGUUGUACUGUGGGGAGAUGCUGACUAUUCUCGCAACCGGACUAAUUGCUUGAAGAUUCAAAAUUACCUGAUGAGCACCUUAGGCCCAUACAUAGUCAAUGUGACCACAGCAACCAAACUUUGCAGCCAGUUUCUCUGCAAUAACCGUGGCCGCUGCAUUCGCAGAAGGAUGGACUCUGACACCUACCUGCACCUCAAUCCCCAUUCCUUCCAGAUCCGAGCAAACACAGAUGGCAAUCAGACCCGGCUGUCAGUGAUGGGGGGCUUAAGUCAUCAGCAGAAAAACAAGAUGAGGCAAGAGUUCACCUGCCACUGCUACCAAGGCUGGAAGGGUGAAAGCUGCCAUUCUCAGGGGAAGGGCAUAAGAUUACGGACAGGGGACUGGUGCAUCACUUGGGUGGUUCUGUUGGCAAUAUCCGUAUGGCAUUUGUGAGUCAUUUGGACCAGUUGUUUAUAAAUGUGAAUUUUGUGAAGCCAGUAGUGAGAAGUGACUGUCCCCCACCAGUGGGACUGGCAAUCCUAAGUGAGUCCCACUUCCCUUUAGUAAGUGGAGAAAAGGGAAGAGUGCUACAAAUAUGUUGUUCAGUGGCCAAUGUCUCGUUAAAUGUUCUAGCUGUGUGAUUCUCCCAACAUACUUUCUCCUUUGAUGACUUUCUGGGGAAGUGAAAUCACCUGGAUUUUCCCAGUUCCAUCUAUCACCUAUGCAGGAUUCUGUUCCUCCAAUAAACAAAGGAUUUUUGUUUAGUUUUAGAAGAAUCUUCACCAGCAUAAAAACAGCUUUAAAAAAUUCAACAUGGUGCACAUUCUCCUAAACUGUGACAAGAACGGUAGUUUUCUAAUACUCUUUUUUAAAAGAAAAAGUAAAUUUUAUUCAGCCAAGAUGUGAUAUUUAUAACAGUUAAAAUGGUGCAUUCACCUUUUACAGUAUCAUGAUGUAUUUAAGAGGAUUAUUUAUACACAGAGCAAACUUUUCCUAGUUGGACCAGCUAGGAAUCCUUCAGCUGUGAUGUUCUCAAUGUUUGUGUGUGUAAACUACUUUGCAAUGGAAGGGGAAAAUAAUAAUUUUAAAAUUAAAUAUUUUUUUCAUAUGA